AUGGCCAUCACCAUCACCGUUGAAAAAGACGGCUACUACGAAGUCAAUGGCACGCGGCAGGAGCCCACCGUGUCGCUGCACAUGUUGGCCGGAGCCUCCAAACUUCGUCGUCAACUCCACGACUCCAACGAGUUGAUCGUGUGCCCCGGUGUGUAUGAUGGGCUGUCUGCGCGGGUGGCUAUGGAGGUUGGCUUCAAGGCUCUCUACAUGACUGGAGCUGGAACAACGGCCUCCAGACUGGGUAUGGCCGACCUGGGCCUGGCUCAGCUAUACGAUAUGCGCACUAAUGCCGAGAUGAUUGCGAAUUUGGAUCCGUAUGGACCGCCUCUCAUUGCGGAUAUGGAUACGGGGUAUGGAGGCCCUUUAAUGGUUUCCAAAUCCGUGCAACAAUACAUCCAAGCCGGCGUCGCCGGCUUCCACAUCGAAGACCAAAUCCAAAACAAACGCUGCGGCCAUCUCGCCGGUAAGAAAGUCGUGGCCAUCGAAGAAUAUCUGACUCGGAUCCGGGCUGCGAAACUCACCAAGGACCGACUGCACUCUGACAUUGUGUUGAUUGCGCGCACCGACGCGCUGCAGCAACACGGCUACGACGAGUGUAUUAAGCGACUGAAAGCGGCGCGUGAUCUAGGCGCCGACGUUGGACUGCUCGAGGGGUUCACCUCCAAGGAACAGGCAAGACAGGCCGUGCAGGAUCUAGCUCCUUGGCCGUUGUUGUUGAACAUGGUGGAGAAUGGGGCCGGGCCGGUGAUUACUACCAAGGAGGCUCAGGAGAUGGGGUUCCGGAUUAUGAUCUUCUCGUUUGCGUCUCUGGCUCCGGCGUAUCUAGGUAUCAAGGGAGCGUUAGAGAGAUUGAAGAAGGAUGGUAUUACUGGUAUUCCGGAUGGGUUGGGACCAAAGAAAUUGUUUGAAGUCUGUGGGUUGAUGGAUUCAGUGCGGAUUGAUACGGAUGCUGGGGGAAGUGGAUUUGCCAAUGGCGUUUAA